CUCAGCGCGGCCGUCAUCAUGAAUGACACAGUAACGAUCCGGACCAGGAAGUUCAUGACCAAUCGUCUGCUUCAAAGAAAACAGAUGGUUAUUGAUGUCUUUCAUCCUGGGAAGGCAACAGUACCAAAGACGGAAAUUCGGGAUAAGUUAGCCAAAAUGUACAAAAUCACACCAGAUGUCAUCUUUGUAUUUGGGUUCAGAACUCAUUUUGGUGGUGGGAAAACAACUGGUUUUGGCAUGAUCUAUGAUUCUCUUGAUUAUGCAAAGAAGAAUGAGCCCAAACACAGACUUGCAAGACAUGGCCUUUAUGAGAAGAAAAAGACCUCCCGAAAACAGCGAAAGGAACGCAAGAAUAGAAUGAAGAAGGUUAGGGGGACUGCAAAGGCCAAUGUUGGUGCUGGCAAAAAGCCAGAGGAGUAGAUCUGCGGUGACUUGAUCUGCUAUGGUUUGCAGGCAAUUUCCCAGAGGACAAAUAAACUAAAAGCUUAUGUGUCUGGAGUCUGCCAUUUAUUGGGUAUUAGAAGUAUCAGGUGGCUGGGCUAGAGAGAUGGCUCAGUUUAAGAGCAUUGACUGCUCUUUCAGAGGUCCUGAGUUCAAUUCCCAGCAACCACAUGGUGGCUCACAGCCAUCUAUAA